ACUGCAGAAGUGUGUUUGGGUCUGAAGGGGAAGAAGAACAAGAAAAAUCAGCAGCAUCAGUAAAUUUAGAUGUCUGUGUCUGGCUCUUAACCUUAUGGACUAGAUUCCUCCUCAGGUGACUUCUUCAGCGUGGGACCCUUUUCUGUUUUUUUGUUUGCUUGCUUUUUUUUUUUCCUGAUCAAGAUGCAGGCACAGGUGGCGUGUAUGCUUCUCCUCUGUUUAACAUGUGGUGCGCUUUGUACAGAUGUUGACCAAGAGCAGCGAGCGCUAGAAGAGGAGCUACUCAGCAGUCUCUUCACUUCCAAGAUGAAACAGAAUAAGCUGAGUGCCCCCUAUUGGCGCGUGUCACUGACCAACCUGUGUAAGAUGAUGAGCGCCCUGCGCCAGGAAUCGUGGAGUGGUGAGGAUGAGGACGAGGAUGGGGGCCUGAGGGAGGGGAGCCUCCAGCUGCUGGAGGAGCUGUACAACUUGCAAAACAUCUGCCGAGUACUGCAGAGCCGGGAGGAGAGGCUACUCCAAGACUCUCUAGAGUAUUCAGAGGAGAACAGCGACACUCCACUGAAACGAAAGUCACCCUACAUAUUGAAGAGGCAAGCAGGGCACAUCACUAAGACUCGGAGGCCGUACAUCUUAAAACGAAGUACAUUUUACUGACAACCAUGCCAGAGCCCACAGCAACAUUUUAAGGGACCAGACCAUAUAUUUUAUGUGAUUGUGUGAGUGUGUUUUUUCUGUCUUCUUGCAGAUGCAAUCUUUUUUUCUUUUCCUGUUCCUUUUUAUCCAGUCAGACCCUCCGAUUGUAUGUCCAACAGUGAGGCCUGUCUUUAAUCUGCUCCUGAAAAUAAAGUCCUU